AUGGCACUGUUUGUGUGCUUAAGUUCGAAAGCUGUACAUCUCGAGAUAGUCGGAGACCUAACCACACAAUCGUUUAUUGGAGCCCUUCGGCGAUUGAUUGGACGUCGCGGAACGCCAUGCGAAAUAUGGAGUGACAACGCGACUACUUUCCACGGGGCCGAUGCAGAACUUCGAUCCAUGUUGCAUGACGCUGAAAUUGAUUGGAAUGUCGUUGAAGACACAUUAGCCAACCGAGGAAUUAAAUGGAAAUUUAUACCACCUUCCGCGCCUCAUUUUGGUGGCUUGUGGGAGUCAAAUAUAAAAUCAGCAAAGUCACACAUUAAAAAGAUAAUUGGAACUCGUGCUCUCACAUAUGAAGAAUUGUCCACAUUAGUUGUGGAAAUCGAAGCAUGUAUGAAUUCUCGUCCUCUUCUGCCGAUCUCUGGUGACCCAGAAGAUGUAGAAGCCCUUACUCCGAAUUACGCUUUAAUUGGUAGGGCUCUCUAUUCAUUUACUGAAGCCUUAAGCACGAAUGAAAACUUAGACUAUGUUACUCGAUGGCGCUUAGUUAAAGCUAUGAGAGAUAUCUUUUGGAGCAGAUGGUCUCGAGAAUAUGUCCAUACACUUCAACAAAGAAAUAAAUGGGCUGAGAAAAAGAAGAAUUUGCAAACUAACGAUUUGGUAUUGAUUCUCGAUCCUUCCUUGUUAAGGCAAGGAAAUUGGCCUCUCGGUCGUGUUACUGAAGUUUUUCCUGGUAAGGAUGGACUCGUUCGUUCUGCUUGUGUUCGUACUGCAUCCGGAACCUACACCCGUCCCAUCGCGAAACUAUGUUUGUUACCAACUUCGACUUGA